GAUACAGCCCGCAUUGCCUGAAAGAGGCACCAAUAUAAACUCAGAACAAUUUCUCUAGGGUUUCAAGGCUGUUUCUUUGCUCUCUUCUGCACCUGCAAUACAAAAACAAAUCGAAAGGGCAUCCCCGUGCUUUUGCUCCCUUACUUGGCAGCCAUGAUUAUUCCAGAGAAGAAUCGCAGAGAAAUCUGCAAAUACCUAUUUCAAGAGGGAGUUUGCUAUGCAAAGAAGGAUUACAAUCUUGCAAAGCACCCGGAGAUCGAUGUACCCAAUUUGCAGGUCAUUAAACUGAUGCAGAGCUUCAAGUCCAAGGAAUAUGUCCGCGAGACUUUUGCUUGGAUGCACUACUACUGGUACCUUACUAAUGAUGGAAUUGAGUUUGUCAGAACUUACCUUAAUCUUCCAUCCGAAAUUGUUCCUGCUACUUUAAAGAAAUCUGCAAGGCCACCGGGUAGGCUAGGCGGCCCACCUGGUGAUCGCGCUCGGGGUCCUCCUCGCUUUGAAGGAGACCGACCAAGGUUUGGUGACAGAGAUGGGUACCGUGGAGGUCCACGUGGGGGUGACUUUGUUGGUGAUAAGGGAGGUGCCCCAGCAGAUUUCCAACCAUCAUUCAGGGGUCCUGGUGAAAGGCCUGCCUUUGGUCGUGGAGGUGGAGGUUACAGUGCAGCUCCAUCUGGUUCGGGUUCGGGUUUUGCUUGAAGCCAAUGCUUAUCUUUGCCUGGUUCUUUUUAAAGCAUAGUAUUUAAAAAUCUUAGAGCUAAUUCCUAUUUUGUAGCCGGGUUCAAUGUUGAGCUUGUGAAAUCUAUAAUUUUGCUUGUUGUGGAAAUGGAACUCUUGUUGCUCACUUUUUUACGUUAAUUUAGCUAUUAUAUAGAUAUUGUGAACAUUGUUCAAGCGUAAAUUUUAUAUAUCAACAUUUGCCAUUUUCUAUUGAUAAAAA